CAAAGAAACUUUCAUUACAGCAGCAGGCGAAAUUCGCCCUUCUGUGAAGAUUGAGCUGAACCAAAUAUUGUUAUGUUUUUCACACUAUGUGCUGAAUGCCCACAAUGCCAGGAAAUAUUUAAGAACCGUGAUCUUUGGAAAAGCUUUAUCGGUUCCAGUGGAACCUUUAGGACUUACUGUUGUAACGUUUUACGCAAAACGCACAUAGACACAAAUGCAGCAAUAAGAGAAGAUCUUGGGGACCGGUGCAUCACAGACCGCGCUUCGCUACAAUGCCCGUGCAAGCCCCGCAAUGGACCGAGUUUCUGUUGUGUCCCAUUUGCACGCAAACCUUCGAGGAGAGCCACCGCAAGCCCAUCAGCCUGGGCUGUGGCCACACCGUGUGCAAAAUGUGCCUGAACAAACUGCACCGCAAGGCCUGCCCGUUCGACCAGACCACCAUCAGCACGGACAUCGAGCAGCUGCCUGUCAACACAGCGCUCUUGCAGCUUGUCAGCGGACAGGUACCCAAAUCUCCCCCCGUCACUUUACUGACAGCUGCAGAGGACGUUAAGCACUAUGAGGAGUCUCGCACAUGUGUGGAGGACCUGGCCCUCUAUCUCAAACCCCUGAGCAACACCAGAGGUGCAGGGCUGAAUGGUGCUGCUCAAAGUGUUCUCAGCAGACCCAUGCAGAGGAAGCUGGUGACUCUGGUGCACUGCCAGCUGAUGGAGGAGGAGGGCCGCAUCCGGGCCAUGCGGGCGGCCCGCUCUCUGGGUGAACGUACUGUCACUGAGCUCAUCCUCCAGCACCAGAACCCCCAGCAGCUCUCCUCCAACCUGUGGGCCGCCGUCAGAGCCAGAGGCUGCCAGUUUCUCGGCCCUGCUAUGCAGGAAGAAGCAUUGAAGCUGGUCCUGCUCGCUCUGGAAGAUGGUUCGGCCCUCUCACGGAAGGUUCUGGUCCUGUUUGUGGUCCAGAGACUCGAACCACGUUUUCCCCAGGCCUCAAAAACCAGCAUAGGACACGUGGUGCAGCUCCUUUACAGGGCCUCCUGCUUUAAGGUGACCAAGCGUGACGAGGAUUCCUCUUUAAUGCAGCUGAAGGAGGAGUUUCGCACGUACGAGGCUCUUCGGAGGGAACACGACUCUCAGAUCGUUCAGAUCGCGAUGGAAGGCGGACUGCGUAUCGCCCCUGACCAGUGGUCAUCUCUACUGUACGGCGACCAGUCGCACAAAUCCCACAUGCAGUCUAUCAUAGACAAGUUGCAGACACCAGCCUCCUUUGCUCAGAGUGUGCAGGAACUCACCAUCGCCCUUCAGAGAACCGGAGAUCCAGCCAAUCUCAACCGCCUCAGACCCCAUCUGGAGCUGCUGGCCGACAUCGACCCCAGCCCAGAUGCCCCUGCGCCCACAUGGGAGCAGCUAGCUAAAGGGCUGGAAGCGGUGCGGACCGUCGUUCAUGGCCUGGUAGAUUUCAUCCAGAACCACAGCAAGAAAGGAGGGGAUCAGCAGCAGCCACCUCAGCACAGCAAAUAUAAGACCUACAUGUGUCGGGACAUGAAACAAAAAGGCGGCUGUCCUCGCGGGGCAAGUUGCACCUUCGCUCAUUCUCAGGAAGAGCUUGAAAAAUACCGUAAGAUGAAUAAACGUUUGGGAAUGAGGCGCCAGCUCAGCCAGUCCCUGACCCAGCUGAAUGAGAUGGACUUCGGCACCGGUCUGUUGCCUGACGAGGGGCUGCCGAUGGAGGGACUCCCACGCAAACCCUCCUCCAUCACUAACAUCAUCCUAGCAACAGGACCUGAAUCCACUUUGGCCCACCUGGUUUCCAGAGGCUCGGACCCGUCAUAUGACCCAACACACAAACCGGAGAAGAUGAAUUCUGGGAGCCUCAGUGCGCCUGGCUCACCUCCAGAGUCAUUGGAAUCCAUCCCAAAACCAGGGAUGCUCAUAAAUUCCCACUCCAGGGUGGCCGGCGAUGGCGCAGUCGGACAGAAGCACAUGCCUGCGGUGCCUAGAGUUCCUCACAUGUAUUCACCACACCACUCUGAACUGUAUUACUCUGAGACACGAGGCCCUCUGCCACCCUCCACCCAAUAUGAAUCCUCCCAGUACCCUGCAGGUAAUCCUUAUCCUCACCAUCAUGUGCACCCACGCUACACCCGUCACCCCGCUCCAGAUCCAGGCAUGCCACCAUAUCCGGAUUCCUAUUCCAGUUCCUACACCUCAGAGCGCCAAUGCGCCAACCCAAGCUCCCAUUACGGAUACCCUUCACACCACGAUGGCCGUCGCCACUCAGCCUACUCCCAUCCCCAAACAUUCCCCCCACGGGAGGAACUGGUCCGUAGGAGUCCGGACGUUCCCCCGCAGCUACCACCCCAAAGCGCUUCGCACCUGCCAGAACAAGACAGUUAUAACCACUCCAGUCAGAUCAGGAAUUACCCACGGAAUGCCUACACGCGAUCUCAGCCUUCCCUAGACUACCUGCACCGUCGAAGACAGGAGAUCAUGGCCCAGCUGGAGGACAGAAAGGUCGUUUCCCCAUCGACCUUUAGCUCCUCACACUCGCACGACCCCAGCUACCCUCAGGACAUGAGGGGACAGAGCCAUUACAUGGAAGAGAACUCCCAUGGUUUUGGACAUUUCCGGGAACCAGACUACUCCAGCUCAUAUUCACCUUGGUCAUGUGACCCCUUCGGUUCCUACAUUGGCGGCAAGGAUAUAAAGUCCAAAGAGAGCAUGGACACACAGCAAAAUUUAGACAAAGGCAAAAGUCUGAGAGCACACGGCUUGGAGCUUCAACGCAGAGCGGCAGACGUCAAAGACGACGACCCCAUCAUUCCCUUUGGCACCCUGCCGACCGUGUCUCGUUUUGGAGCCAUCUCACGCACGUCUAAACCGGGCUACCCGCCAAACAGUCCCAUGCCACCCUUGCCAAACUCGGCCAAACACACCGCUUCUGCUGCUGACUACACCUAUGCGAAUCACAGUGGGUGGAGUGGCGACUCUUACCAGCCGCACCAAAAGUCUCAGGGGCACUUCAGCGAGCGGUCCAGUUUAUCCCCUGCUGUGCAAGCGCGUGAGCAGCUGAGGAUGGAGCUACAGCAGGUCAACCUGCAAAUCAGCCAGCAGACGCAGAGUCGUGGCCUGGAGAACCCAAGCUCAGUCAUGUCCCAGUCGUCUCGAGUGGACUGGUCAUCAGGGAAUUUGUCCAGUGAACAGCUGAGUCUCGAACUGCACAAGGUGGAGAGAGAUAUCAUCAUGAGGACACAUGAGAUGGCCAUGGAGAACCACGAUGGCAAGUACAAGCGGGUCUCAGUCGAAAAUGGACAAGACGAACACACUCUACAGCGAGAUGAGCAUCCACUCACUCUUAGUGAGGGCUCAAACGGCUCCAUCAGUUUGGUCCAGGACCGUGGUUUCGUCAGCAGCAGCAUGUCCUCACUGACCAGCAAGACGUCAUCUCUCAGUUUGUCCUCCGAACAGGUGGCCAGCAGCCCUGAUUUGCCCAAGAACGGAGUCGUCCACUCCUAGCUGGCUCUUUCUACCUCAGAUUCCCCUUCCGCAACCACCACCCCUCUAUUAUGCCAGGUUAACCCUCUAGAGUAGGAUGAUCCAUCAUCGCUGUAUUCAUUUGCUUAAUCCUGAGCGCUUAGCUUCCUCCGCUGACCCUCAAACACCCAUCAGGCAAAUAUGGGUGGGAUUCACUGUGCAUGUGCCUCAGCAGACUUGCACAGUCAUGCCCUGAUUUAGUUUCUUUUUA